CAUUAUCGAUGUGUGGCGAUUAUCGAUGCAGUUUUAUAAACAGAAUUCUAAAAUACAACAAAAUCACGUCUUGAGCAGCUGGCGCACGGAAAAGCACUCAACUAGGCACCGCUUGCAUCUCAACAUGCCCUGCGGCAGGAGGCGCAGCGCUUAGAACCGCGCCGCCGCUCCUGGCAGCCCCCUGCCCGCCACGCAAUUAUGCAAGUUGCAGCAACGGAUCCAACUGUACUCGGUACUCGUCGCGCCGCCAGUGGAAGAGCAAGUGGAGUUCCAGCGCCCAGUGCCCAUGAUCCCUAACCCAGAGGCAUCACCACCGCCGUGAGACCAGUACAUAAAAUCGACAUGAACCAGAGACAUUCCGAACCAUUCUACAUAUCGCCCCGGCUGUUCGACAAUAGGAGGCUCAAGAGGCGCCGCUGUCGAUGGAUAGAACGCCUGCGAGAGCGCCAGCGGAUAUGCAUGGCACAGAUGUACGCCCAGGCGACUGUGGUCUCCAAGACUGACCGCCUGUCUCAACUGCAGCGGCGUCAUGUGGCUGCUAAUUUGCCGGCGGACGUAACUAUUGAUCUGCUGUCGGAUGAUGACGACGAUCAAGAGGCGGCUGGACCGUCCAGUGCAUUUGGCCAUAAUCGCCUCCUGAUCCCUGCCCCCAUCGCUGUUGGACAACGACAGCGAUCUAGGGUGGGCAGAAGGCAGACGAACAGAGUCGUCACUCACUCGCAUCUAUUAAACGAGAGCAUCCUGAUAACCAGUGAUGACGAGCACAACGACCAGGAAGCCGGUAGCACGUCUAUGACGCGCCCCCAGCUCUCGAUGCGCUCGCCGCCGCCCCUAGCACCGCUCACUCAUUCGGAGACCAUCGAGGAGGUCACUGUUUCGCUUGUGCCGCGCACCUCCACCACUGCCAAUUGCCAGACGCGUAUGUCCGGCCACCUCAAACCCUGCCGAGCGUCCACGGCGGCCAGCAACGGGUUGGCCAUGGCCGGAGGAGGCAGCGGCACCGAUACAAGCUGCUUCCUGGAGGUCGACGUGGGCGGUGGCAUCACGGCGACGCUGCCGGACGAGACCACCGUGCACACGGUUAUCGCUAACCGCAUUUACGAACUCUCGUUAAGCAAACUGCGAGAAGGCCUGGCCUUCAGCGGAGUGCCAGAAUAUACACACGACCUGCUACCGGAACAGCUGCAGAAACUGUCGCCGGCAUUGCGCGCCAAGGUGGCACCAUUGGUGGCUCCUUCGCCACCAACGCCCAUCUCCCUGAAACUGUCUAGCGACCUCAGCAUAUCACUGAUCUCAGACGACGACGACUGUGAAAGCACCGGACCACAUGCCAAUGGAGCAGUCAGCACGGAGGUGGUACAUCCCGUCGUAGUAGCAGCGGCCGAGGCGCACGCUGCUGCCAAACUGCUCAAGCAACAGCAACCGCAGCUCUCGGUGGUGCAGCACCUGCAGUACGUGGGCAGCGGACUCGCGGCACCCGUGGCUCUGGCCCUCCCGGUGAUGGCCACAAAUGCGACCACAUCCGCCACUGUGGUGGCUCUGCCGCUCCAGCUACCGCGACGCAGAAAACUGGGAUGAACCAGCAAUGGACUGUAUUCUGAUGCCCAGCAAGAUUCGUACACCCAUCGCCAUAAUAUCAUUCCCCGAGUCGGAGGCACGGCUCAGACUUUAUCUAGCAGUGGCUAGUAGUGCAAAUAUGAACGUAGAUUUAGCGACAACACAUCACCGUUUCCCAGGUAUCCUUGAUUGAAUUCGUGUCGAGUCAUUGUUCGUUCUUUUUUUUUUCUCCCCUUCGCCCUUUCCUCUAUCCAUUCCCCAUCUCACUCACUCACCAAUCCCCUGUCUCUGUCAUUCUCAUAUAAUAUUUUAAGCUUUAAAUGAAACGAGACGACAACGUACAAAAAGUAACUAGAAGAGCAUCAUCAACCCAUACAAAAGAAAUGGAAGAACACAAAUUUUUGAAAAUUCAUAGAAGGGAAUAGAAAAUUUGCAAGCGAGAGGCAAAGGAUGGUGAACCCAAUAUUUAUAACGUAAAAAUAGUUAGAUUAAGCUAUACAUUAUGUAUAUUUGAUUAAGAGGAUCGUACUUGGGUGAGUCACAGCCUGUGAUCCGUCGCAGUCCGCCGUCUGUAUUACAUUUCACUUGAUCACCAAAACGGAAUAAAUUUUCAUUGUAUAUACCUGUA